GGGGGGGGGGCUCGGACAAAAUGUGCCAGCAUAAUAGGAGUUUGUAUCAACUGAAAGAUCACAUCUUUGUGUCGAGUUGAGAGGAAAGGAAGACGAACCGAAAAAGGGCAAUCUUAGAUUUCCUAAUUAGAGUGAAAUUAUUGAUCAGAAAAGCUCAUCAAUACAUUGUAAGAUUCAAUGGUGAAGGAGACUGAAUAUUAUGAUGUCCUUGGUAUCAGCCCAACUGCUACUGAAGAUCAGAUUAAAAAAGCCUACUACAUCAAGGCACGACAAGUCCACCCUGAUAAGAAUCCAGAUGAUCCUCUUGCAGCUCAAAAUUUCCAGGUUCUGGGAGAGGCUUAUCAGGUAUUGAGUGACCCAACCCAACGUCAGGCUUAUGAUGCAUACGGAAAAUCUGGAAUUUCUACUGAAGGGAUUAUAGACCCAGCAGCAAUCUUUGCAAUGCUUUUUGGAAGUGAGCUUUUUGAAGAAUACAUAGGCCAGCCAGCCAUGGCAUCAAUGGUUUCAAUGGAUUUUUCUGCUGAUGGAGAAGAGUUGGAUGCUAGGAAGUUGCAGGAAAAGAUGAAGGUAAUUCAAAAGGAUAGGGAAGACAAACUUGCAGAAAAAUUAAAAGAUCGACUCAACCAGUAUGUGCAUGGCAGUAAAGAGAGUUUUAAGUGUAAUGCUGAAGCUGAAGUAUCUAGACUUUCAAGUGCAGCCUAUGGUGUUGAUAUGUUGAACACAAUUGGCUACAUUUACUCAAGACAGGCAGCUAAAGAGCUUGGAAAAAAGGUGAUGUACCUUGGUGUGCCUUUUGUUGCUGAAUGGUUCAGGAACAAAGGCCAUUCUAUUAAAUCUCAAGUAACAGCUGCAACAGGUGCUGUUGCUUUAUUUCAGCUACAAGAGGACAUGAAACGACAUCUUAGUGCAGAGGGUAACUACACUGAGGAAGAGCUUGAAAACUAUAUGGAAUCUCACAAGAAAGUGAUGAUCGAUUCUUUGUGGAAGCUCAAUGUUGUUGACAUUGAGGCCACUCUUUCUCGCGUUUGUCAGAUGGUUCUUCAAGACAACAAUGCCAAAAGGGAGGAGCUUCGUGCCCGAGCAAAGGGGCUAAAAACACUCGGGAAAAUAUUUCAGCGAAUGAAAUCAUCUGAUGCCAACGAGGCUGAUAUUGCAGUGGGCACUGAGCUCACUAAAUUAAACGGAAAGGAGUCAAGCAAUGAUCCAUUUGCUUCAAAUACAUCCCCUAAAAGCCCAAAAACAGAAGACCAAUCUUAUAAUGGAGUUCGAUCACAGAUUCCAUAUGUGGUUGCUCCGCAAUUUGCUGAUGCUUCUGACUGCCAUAUUAGCUACCCAAUGCCAAUAGCACCUCCUGGUGUUCAAAGAAGUCAUUCCGCUGGGAAAUAAUGAUAAAAGGCAGUUUGGAAUGUGUGAUUGAGUCAUGACGACCUGGAAUGAGCCAGACACUUUUUGUUAUCGAUUUAUUGUGACAAGGGUUUGAGAGAGAUGUAUCAUGUAUGCAGUAGCGUAUAAUAUAUUGUAAAUGCAAAAAGAAUUGGGCAGAAGAUAAACAAAGUUGAUUCUCACUGUCUCCAUAUGCCAUUGGCACCUUCUAGUUGGCUGAUUGAGUUUUAUUUUCUUUCUCAUGUCUAGUUUUUUGUGUAAUUACUGUAUUGUUAAAUUUGUCUCUUUUUCUAUUUAUAUUUUUAUUCUGAUGUCAGAUAA